AUGAGUGACUGCUUUCAAAUUCACCUCAGCGGUGGCGUCAACGCCCAUUUCGGGCCCGGCCUCCUAGUGAAGACCAGCCCAUUUCUUGGGCCUCGCGAACCCAUCGCUGGCGCGCUGGAGUACAUUGUUGAGAGCGUGCAGACUGGAUCACAGGUAAGAAGACUGGUACGUUUAUGGUGGGCAGCGACAAUGCGACUAGUCAGUUCGAACUCGCAAAUCUGCCUAGACUCCUAACUACGAUCGGAGCGCAUCAACUGCAGUUACUGUCAUGGUUGCAUGCAGUGUAGAACUAUGUUGUUCGAAAACUAGUAGCACUUCUCUUCCGUUCUAUCCCCCCCCCUACUCCCUUAUUAUAACGAAAUAUUACUUUAAAUGACUAAGGGGAAUAGAGUGGUGGUUUCUGGAUUUUUCGUCAUUGUUGGCCAGCCAAACACAAAUUCCCCCCUAAUUGGGAAUCUGUAAAGUCCAAGUCCCGGUCCGGUUGGUCACUUAGUUUGUCGGUCUAACAGUCGCACCAUGAUGUUGGGCUCUUUUGGCUACGAAUGGAAGUGCUCCGCGUCGUAUGGAAACGACCUUCAGUAGUCGGCAGGAUAAGGGAAUAGAAACUCCUGGGUGAUACAGGUGAGCUUGGUGUAAAUUUCGGGGAAAUUGGAGUCAGAGCUAAGGCUUAGAUUAUGCUCAGGAUUAGGUUGAGGCUCAGGGUUGUGAUUUGCGCAGAAUUAUGCUCGGAGUUAAUGUUAGGAUUUGAGCAUGGGAUCAGGUACACAUCCUGGAAGUUGGCGCGGAGGCACCUGCAUUACGGGGGUCCUUAUCCCCAUGUCUUACCCAAUGAUAUAAGACGAAUUCCGCAUAGAGUUUACAUGUCACGUUUCGUAUUUGAGGAGAUAUAGAGUGAGAAAAUUACUAGGACAACGGGGCUGUUGAUAAGAAGAUGAGGCGAUCGCUGGAACAAGGGCUUUAUUCGCCUGACGUUUCAGAUUCUCAUUUGAACCCAUAAACAGAGGCAGUGACAGAGACGGGCGAUUCGUGUACAGGAAGUUGCAGUAUUGGUAGGAUGCAGUUGCUAUGCUACCGCAUACCUAUAGUAAUUAACCGCACUCCCCUUCAUCAAGAACUGUUGCUCGCUGGUGUAGUAAUUGCUUGAUGGCCGGCAUGCUAGUUGUUACUUGCUGAAAUCCCAUCACGCGUGUUGUAUGCUGGCGUGAUGAUUGCUCGGACAUCUGGCUCACCGGCUUGUGCGCUCCCCGAGUGGUUACUUACUUUGGACAGAUUAUGCUUCAGUGUGGAAUACGGAGUGGGGGUUGUAACGCUUCUCAGCGCAGUAGUUUCUGUUGUCAGAUAUCUACGGCCUAGCCUCAUUCCAGGAAGGCCCAAGACUGGAUUAGAAAUUAAGUAGUUUGCCAUUGUACUGUCGUCCACAGGGACUGCUGACUCAAAGACCUCCAAGUCUUGUGCCAACAGUCGCCACAGAAUGCUGCCGAUGGCAUGACGGGACAAGCAAAAACGUGCAACGGUCGUUUAUUGGUUAUAAUCCAUCUUGGGGAUGAUUAACACUCUUCCACUAUUGUCAUGCUCCUGUGGGGCAGAAUAUAUUGGUUGCACGAGCCGGCGUUUGUCCAAAAAGUAAGAGAAUACCUUCCAGCAUGGUUAGGAAAGGGGCCAAAUAAAACACGUCAACAGCUCUAUCCUCACCCACAUGGUUGACACAGAUCACUGUGUAGAUGCCGGACAGGCAUUCCGAGGUCCCUUCGAGCUAUUCAAGAUCACUUCUACAGUAUCUAUUGGCGACUGCAGAGGCGGCUGCAAUCAGGCUAUACAAACCAGUUCUAUGCGCAAAAAGAACUUCGUACAGGUCCCACUGUUACCAUGGGCCAAAGCCACCAUGCUAGUCACCUGCGCAUAAUUACCCGUCUCAGGACCCACCAUCGCCUUCCUCCCUGACACUGGCGAUGAUUUUGUUUUUCAUCUCAUCCACCCAGACCCUCCCCCACAAACCCCAGCUACAGAAUAACUUCUGCCUGUCCGCAUUUUCCUUUUAAUUAUUUCGAUAGCAAUGUAAUUGGAUAGACCUGAUGAGAAUUUAUCGAAAGCUUCAAUGGAGAUUUUCGCAACACUAUAUUAACCUCGAAAGGUCCAAAAGUACUCGGUAGAUUUCGCAGUAAGUUGAAGUGCAUUGAUUGAAUAGUUUUUGAUGUUUUUCCGCGAUUGCCAAGUGGCGGAUCAGAGUUCAGUUUAACGUAGAACGACCUUUUUUACCACAGUAGGGCGUGAGACUUUUUAAUGGUGUUCGCAGUUUUUACACUACGCUUCGUUGACUGUCUUUUUAAGCAUUCCCAGAUUUUCUUCACACACUUUACGACUCCUAAGGUGCGUGUGUGUUUGGAAAGAAACGAGGCGCUGCCAUAUCUGACUCCCUUUGUAAGGAGACUUGGCAGUUUGUUUUCUCCUGUUGCGCAGGAUUUAUCGGUCAAAAUAGAAAUAACACGACUCGGAAGAAGACACUCCCGGUAAAUACUGGUUGUUAUACGUACGUCAAUGAAUCCUUCCAGGCAGUCUACUUAAAACCAUCGAACCACCACCGGUCUCAUCGGCAGCGCAUUAGCGCAAUGCAAAACAACCCUAUGAGAGCAAAGAACCCUUGCACAGGAAGUGAAAUUGCUGCAACUUGAAAGUCUACUUCGACGAAUCCGUAUAACUCGGAGCAAGGUAGCCGCAGUGACAUGAGAAGGACGCCUACUCUUCUGGCUUGAUUUCAGGACAGCAGAUGCGUGGGGGUUAGCAUUAGUCGUUGCUCGGCAGAGCAGCACCCAUCAAAGUCAGUAAUCGGAAAAUCCAAGUCAAUUAACCAGGGCGCAUUCAAAGCAGGAGGGGACAAGCUCGUGUCGUUUUGCCGUUAAGUCUUAAGUUAGAGUCGUCGCAAGCGAUAAACAAUUACUAAAGCUUAGGGAGUGUCGAAAAAUACGGGCAGGUUGAAUGAUCAUUUCUGACUCGAUGACUUGUGAGUCAUUGGUUAAGCAUUGAGAUUCAAGAUAGUGACCCCGAAUUGAAUCCCAGUUCCCACUGGUCUGCGGUUAGGAUUGGCCUAGAAGCGGACAAGAAACAAGCCCGGCAUUGUCACUUUAGUCGCUCUAUCAGACUUAGCGAAUCGUGCUCCGGGUAACACUCUCUUCGCUCACAUGUGAUCGGGAACAUUGCAUCAUGCGGAGAUGGCGUUCACUGGUUGAUCCUGAUUUCAGGACAGAGCAUGGGGGGUUUGAGAGAGGACUAUUAGCUCACGGCUAGAGGGUAGAGCGUUUGACUUACGGCCCACUUACAAAAUUGCACUCCUUGACGAAACAAUAUGCUACUGCUACUAAAUCCCAAAGUGCGUUUAAAGUUGAGAAAACUAGAAGAGACUCCAAGUUGGGUACAAGCUAAAAUAAGCAUGGUCUAAACGGAAAAAAGCGGGGACGGUGGACGAGGCGACCGUGGUGAACAUGACGAGAGGCCGAACAAAAAUCCCUUUUGCUUUAGGGGAAUCACAAAUAUUCCUGAAGUAAACGAUGCGACUGGAAAUUCCAGGCACGAAGAAAAAUACGCAAAACCAGGGAUGCCCCUUACCCCACGGACCGCUGGUUUAGAGCUUCUGCUCCGAAAGAUGAGCGUUUUACACACCUGGUCCUUCGCUUCAUGCCUCCUCGCUGUUGACCAACGUCAGUCUCGCACGAGAUGGUAAAUGCGUCCAAAAUCGAAAUGAUACGUUUGGCCACAUAGUUAAUGAGGCUAAGGAGGAUGGCCUUUUCGUCAUAAUUGUAAGCUUGAUGUCGGUAGGGAUACUCCUCCUCCCCCCUCCCCCACCCGGAAACCUGAAAAGCUGGACUGCCCAACUGCCGAUUGAACCAAGAUCGAAUAUAGACUCGAAUGGACAGUGCACUGAAUGAGUUUUAAAUCAUUCUAAUGAACAAACGAUAUUCGAAAACGAGCUCUGAGUGACUAUUCCUCCCACCAUUCUAAACAAACAUUUGGUUGCUUAUUUGCAAUGGCUAAUUCUAGGUGCACAAUCUCGUGUUCACCACUUUUACCUACUGGUGGUUGAGUGAGUGUGAAAUGACAGACGAAUUAAACAUUUGUCCCAACAGUCGGUUCUCCCUCCUCUCAACUAUAUUACCUCGACCUACCUUUUUUCGCCUGUACUGGCCAGGUCUAAGGUGUAACUUAGUCUUCUUUGUUUUCCUGUCCCGAGUACUUAUUUUUUAACUUUUUUUAGUUACUUGCAAUCAUAAUUGCGGAUUCGCCGAAGGAAAAGGCCAUUGUCAACUUCCAAGGACGAGUUCUGGGUCCCGGAGCGCAGGGCCACUGCGUACUGCGAUCAAAGGAAAGGAGCGAAAAAGAGACCUCCUAG